AACACUUUAAAGCAGACAGAAUCCACAGCGGCCUUCGUUUCCCUUGUUCAUGCCCCUCCGCUCGUAGGCUUUCCCUGUUGGGUUUCACUCGAUCGCUCACACGAUGGGUCUUCCCCGGACGCGUUCUCUGCGAGAUGUGGUCCUCAUCCUCCUCGGUGCAACGACCAUGCAUCUGGCAUCCGUCUUCAUGGGCUACCAGGAGCCGCCGAAUUCCAUAAUCGUCAGCACGCAGGUCAGCUCGCACUUCAUGGAGGAGUUUAACGCUUCCCUCAGUGGCCAAAAUGAGCUGGAGGACACGAAUUCGCCGAAGGAACGUGUGGAGCAGGCAGUCCUUGAAAAGGGGGGAGGCAUCCCGACGGUCGAUCUCGCCUACGACUUCCCUGAGACUACGAUAGUGUCGCAGGCUCCUGGAUGGACUGUCUUCCGCAAUCUGUACAUGUCGAACGGCACACUGUUCAUCGUCUCCUCUCACCCAGCCUCGUCAUUUCCUGACAUCAUGUUCAUGACAUCAACCGGUCUUUCGGCGGAGAACACACCAGAAAAUAUCGCAGCCCGUAUGCCCACAGCGGACGAGAUGGACUUCCUUACCCCAACCGAGGCGCGUCAGUUAUGGGGAGGCGACCCCACCGUGGGGGAGCGCAACCGCCUAUGGCCUGUGCAGGGAAACACGGUCCUCGUGAACGAACCGCCGCAAUUCCUAGACCACUAUUAUCACUUCUGUGCUGAACUGCUGUUUGGCGCCUGGGCGUUCUGGUCUGGUGCAUUCAACGCGGUGGUGGAUUCGUCGUCUGCAGGCGUCACGACGGCGCCGUCUUUCGACCGCAUGAUCUUCUCACAUGCUGACACACUCGGUUGGAGGGACCGUCCCGGGUUCAACGCGUACUUCCUCCGCGCGGCAUUCCCAUCCAUCACCGUCGAAACAGAGACAGACUGGGAGGACCGGAUAGCCGCGACCGCGUCCAACAAUCCCGCGCGCGCAUGGCACUUUGACACCGUCCUGCUCACGGACCGCUCCGCCGCGUUCCGCGGGGAGGCGUGUGGGUCGCGGACGCAGCGCAUCGCAGGCGAGGCGCUCGAGCACGCGCAGAAGGUUGGGACGCUGGCGAAGUAUUGGUGGGAGCCGGUCAGGCGGUCCGUCCUGCGCUUCGCUGGUGUAGGUGAACGCACGAUGGACAUUGGCGUGCGAGUGGACGCGGCGGCGUCUGCGCGGGGGAGGACGUCGCCCCAGCAGCAUGCUGCCAAUGCGGCACCGCUCGAUACGCCCGUCGUGGUGACCUAUGUCAGCAGGCAGGGUUCUCGUCGACACUUGAUCGGGGCUGAUCAUGUGGCGCUGGUGGACGCUUUGACGGAGAUGUGCAAGAGUCACGGCUGGGAGCUGAAUGUGAUGCAGGCUGAACGGAUCACGAAGGAGGAACAGCUCGAGAUAGUCGCGCGCACGACGGUUUUGAUCGGUGUGCACGGGAACGGCCUUUCGCACUUGAUUAUGAUGCCGGUUACGCCCAUCUCGACGAUCAUCGAGAUUUUCUAUCCGCAAGGUUUUGCGCACGAUUAUGAAUGGACAGCUUCGGCGCUCGGGAUGCGGCACGUCGCCGUCUGGAAUGAUACGUAUCACACCUAUCCCGAGCAGCUGUGGCCAAACUAUCCAGAAGGCUUCCAAGGCACCCAGAUCCCGGUUUACGCACCGACUGUUGUCCAGGUUGUCCAGGACCGCAUCGCGGGACGCAUUCCAUGAUAUACAGAGUAGCAUAUCGACUUUGGUUCUCCGUAUCUAUAGUGUGUGGCCACGGACGCUUCCUCAGCCUAUGCAAUUUUGUCAUAGACUUUACCAUGCCCUCAUCCUACAUUCUUUCCCGUCAUUACUCAAACAAACCCCCCUUUCCCCCAACUGUACCCGACCUAUAAAGGUUGAUUGCCUCCUGUCAGACUAACUUACCGUCGUAUCAGUACUUCGUUCCUUAUAUCUAUACGGAUACUCUUCGUCACUGGGCGCUUAGAUUUGUUUAGGGUAAUCUGUUCGCGUCCCUCUGGACUUUUUACGUACUAUACAGGUGCUAUCACUCGUCCCCGGGUCUGCCUCGUGUAAUGCCGUACACUAUAUACAACGUGACGCUGGUCAUCUCGCUAUGAUAUCUGGAUAUCCGCGUGGACGUGUAGCGUGAUGUAUGCUGGAGCGCCCCACUUUU